AUGGUCUUUUACCAAAUCUAUCUAUCUAUCUAUCUAUCUAUCUAUCGCUUCCUAUUCCUAUCUGUCUAUCUAUCUAUCUAUCUAGCUAUCUAUCUAAUUAUCUAUCUAUCUAACUAUCUAGGUCUUUUUCCAACUCUGUCUAGGUCUUUUACCAAAUCUAUCUGUCUGUCUAUCUAUCUAUCUAUCUAUCUAUCUAUCUAUCUAUCUAUCUAUCUAUCUCUUCCUAUUCCUAUCUAUCUCUUCCUAUUCCUAUCUAUCUAUCUAUCUAUCUAUCUAUCUAUCUAUCUAUCUGCUUAUUUAUCAAGGUCUUUUGCCAACUCUAACUGUCUAGGUCUUUUACCAAAUCUAUCUAUCUAUCUAGCUAUGUCUUUUGCCAAAUCUAUCUAUCUAUCUAUCUAUCUAUCUAUCUAUCUAUCUAUCUGUCUGUCUGUCUGCCUGCCUGUCUAUCCCAAUUGUCUCAUAUCUAUCUGUCCAAGUCAACAUUUAUUUUCAUUCCAAUACGAUGGGACAGCUUGUCAUUUUUAA